AUGUCGUUCUCCAAGGAGUCAACAGUUAUCUCCUUCGGAGAUGGGUCUCCUGCUCUUGCGCUGAACGAGCUGCCUUCCGAAGAAAUUGAUGUUGAGCUGCCGAAAUGGCCCCUAGAGGAGAACAUGUAUAUCAAGGUAUUCAAAGAUGCUAUGACGACUGUAUUGGAGCAUGAGAGUUUCCUAUUCUCCGAAUCCGAGAAAAUUUAUCUACGAGAGCUCGAGUCGUUGCCCCGACCACCAAUCAAGAAAUGGAUCUCUCGCGAUACGCCAAUUGACCUCACUCUCGACUCGGAUGAUGAGGACGAACCGCAGGCGGCUGAAGAGAAACCAAACGAGGGACAGAAGAAUGACCCAAGGUCAGACACAACGGACGAUUCUUUGUUCACUUUUCACGCUUCAUGCCACGAAUUUGCCGAUCUCUCUGAAUUACUUCAAUUGCUACUCAAGGACGAGUUGGACAAGUUGGCAAAAUCGUUCAAGUUGAAGAUACAAGGCCAAAAGAAGCGAGGAGAUUUGGUGGCCGCACUCUUAAAGCAGACGAGCUCUCAAGGCAUUAUCUCCUACUUUCAACCAAAGCCUCUUCAACAAGCCAACGGUCUCAAAACAAAGUAUCCAAAAGGGUCAAUAGGAAAUCGGCUUCGAGAGCUGGCUAUGAAGUCCCUUGGCAAGUGCAUAAAAAUUAACGAACGAGUUAUUGCGCUCAUUCGUAGACUCAAUCUUGUGUAUUUCCGAACAACUGCAUUUGAGGAGAAACUGCUCGUUCCAGCCAUCCUAGUAGCCAGCAAGAAGCGCCAAUAUGCUCCCUACGAAACAAAACGCAGCUCUAACAUAUUUCCUUCGCGAGACGCUUUGCUUGAGUACGAGGCGGCCCUUGCCCUAGAACGCAAGGUGGAGGAUCUGACGGCGUGCUACUCAAAUAGUCGAUCGAGCGAAAUGGAAAAGCAGGAAACCGAAAUAUGGCUCAUUCGGGCUUAUAAUGAAGUCAUGGGCUUGUUUGAGGGUGCCGUAGAGAGGGUGUACAGGGAAAGGACGGGUUUGGAAAGAUUCGAGGCUGGCUACGUCUACGUUCGAACCUUGCACCACCUAGCGACGAUAGUUGGUCAAUUAGAUGAAGUGGACACGGAAAUCCGGAUCCUAGAGAAGUUACUUGCUCAAGAUCGUUGGCUACUUGGGAAGCGAGGAAGUUGGUAUGAUCGACUCGCUUGUAUCUUCAUGAAGAAACCAACUACGCAAACGGGGUUAGAGAAGGCUUAUGGAAUCAUAACAACUGCGUUGAUUGAUGAUACCGACCAAAGCUUGUCCGCCGCCUUGCACGCGUGGAACGGCAACUCGAAGUCGAAGAGGAUCAGACGCACUCUUGUGAUACCACUCUUCAGAAAUGCAAGGAGCGCUUAUAUCACCGGCGAAUGUGUUCGUCCAGAGGAGCCCGAGGUCGACAAUCCUUUCGGACUCGUAAGGCCGCAGCUUAAAAAACGCUCGAGCGGAAGAACUGCCUGGCUUGGACGAGACGAGGUCCCGACCACUGUUGAAGAUUUUGCGAUUCAAUACUAUGAGGGCAAAGGAUUCAAGGGGUUACAUUGCGAAGGCAGCAUUGUCCGAUUCAUCUUUGCUCUCCUCUUUCACGACAUCUUGUUCAUGCCAGUCAAUGGAGCAUUUGAGACUCCAUACCAGACUGGACCUCUGGAUCUCGCCCUCGACGUCUUUUAUAGUGCCAGGAAGGAGGCCAUCGACGCGAGGCUCAAUCAAAUUCUGAACGGAGAUGCAUUGAACAUUGCCACAUUUAUUGACGAGGAAAACAGAGAAAAGCAGACGUUUUACGUUGGCUCGCGGUGGGAUAAAUUCAAACGCGAGGAAAUCUUGGAGAUUAUCGAGUGUUUGGAACCCAGCGUUCUCCAUUCCAUUUGUUUACAGCAAGUACAUGACUUUGAGGGUUCCGGAGGCGGCGUGCCGGACCUGAUAAUCUGGAAUUACAAGAAGCGAGAUGCUCGGUUCGUCGAAAUUUGGAUCGAUACCCUGUUGUCUGCCGGUGCUCAAGUUGAGCUUUGUCACGUCGAAGAGUUGCAGGAUAAGAAGAGGCGGAUCACCAAGAAAGAAGAGAAGAACGAAAAAGCUCGCACUCGCCGUCAGAGCAAGAGUCUAUCGCGUGCAAGCUCUGUUGCAGCAUCCGUUGCUUCGAGAAGAAGUCAAUCUGUGCAAGAUACGAGCACCCAGGCUGGAUCCUCUAGAGGCACGUCAGUUGCAAGCGCCAUCGUGAUUGAAUCCGAGGAAGAGGACGAACCGAUGGUGGAAGAGGCGGCUGAUGAGCUCUAUGAUGAAAUGGAACCGAGUGACGACGAGCAACCCGUUGCAAAGAAGCACGGCAAGAGACUUCUCGAGGUGACGGAGGAUGUGCAUGCUCAGCAGACGAAGCGUCAGAAACGGUAG